CGCAUUGUUGGGUUCACGAGGAAUAUGAAACUUUUCUGUGCAUGUACGUGUGUUCUGUCUCUAGUUGGCUGCGUUUUCUCUAAAACCGACAAUAAACUUGGCACUACGGACACCAAUGAAAAUUAUGGCACGUGUGCGAGUAGGUCUGCAGACUGCUUCGAUGCUGCAGAAUUCAUAGAUGACGAGGCUAGAGCGAGACUGAGCAACAGCAAUGAGCAUGCAGACUUCAAUACAUGGCAUUUUUCUUCACUUUCAUUGUUGCAUCGACUUCCAAUUGAUUCUGACAAAAGAAAUGUUGUACGUCAAGUUGAACGAGCUGUCUUUUCACCAGUCAAUCCAACACCUUUCAAAGGGCAAUGCUACCUGGCAGCGGUAUCACCUCGUGCUCUAGAGGAUCUUGUCGACAUCAACGCGGAGAGUGUUUGGACUGAUGCAUUUAGAGACUUUGCAGCAGGAAAUGUAAUCACACAAGGAAGUGUUCCACUGUCUCACAGAUAUGGUGGACACCAAUUUGGGGAUUGGGCUGGACAGCUCGGUGAUGGGAGAGCUGUUUUGCUGGGAGAGUUUGUAAAUAGUAAAGGUGACCGAUGGGAGUUGCAAUUGAAAGGAUCAGGACAAACACCAUAUUCAAGGCGUGGUGAUGGUCGAGCUGUAGUUCGUUCCUCUGUCAGAGAGUUUUUAGCCAGUGAAGCUAUGUACCACUUGAAUGUACCAACAAGUAGAGCUGCAAGUUUAGUGAUUUGUGAUGAUUUGAUCUGGAGAGACCAGUUCUAUAAUGGACACCCAAGACAAGAGAAAACUGCUGUUGUACUACGACUUGCUCGUUCGUGGUUCAGAAUUGGUUCGCUCGAGAUAUUAGCCAGGAACAAUGAACUUGACAUUCUACAGCAAGUAGUUGACUUUGUGAUACAGACGUCGUUUACUCAUCUAUUGGAUAUAAAUAAUCAAGAUAAAUAUCUGGAGUUCUUUCACACCGUCAUCAAUCAAACUGCAGAAAUGGUAGCAAGAUGGAUGUCAGUAGGCUUUGCACACGGUGUGUGCAAUACAGACAAUUUUAGCUUACUGUCCAUUACUAUUGACUACGGCCCGUACGGAUUCUUGGAUAGUUUUGAUGCAGACUAUAUCCCUAAUACGUCUGAUGAUGAAGGACUAUACCGAUUCGGAAAUCAGCCACAGAUUGGAUUGUUUAAUUUGAACAAACUGCGUCUUGCAAUGGAUUCACUAUUCUCGGACAAAGAACGAUCCAAGAAAAUCUUAGCAACUUACCAUACUGUUUUCUAUCAAAAGUAUACAAAUAUAAUGAAGGAAAAGCUGGGACUGACUGGAUUCGCUGAUGAUAACGAUGUAAUUAUGGAAUUAUUGCGUAAACUGUUCGAGAUGAUGCAAGCUAAACAAGCAGAUUUCACGAUGACAUUUCGAGAACUGAGUCAAACAUCAUUGGAUGACCUACAGAAUGACGGGUUUCCAAAGGAGUUUUGGGCUCUACCACGUGUCAGUGAACACGAAGAAUGGCAAGACUGGGUUGCAACUUACGUAAACAUAUCACAAAGUGGUGAUGUCUCAGAGACCGAGCGACAACAGUCAAUGCAAGCGGUAAACCCUCGUUACAUUCUUCGCAACUACAUGGCACAGAGAGCCAUUGAGAAAGCUGAAAAUGAGUAUGAUUUUUCUGAGAUAAAUUCAUUGCUGACAACAUUAGAACAUCCAUUUGAACAACAAGAAAUUGCAGAAAUGAAAGGCUAUGCUCUACAGCCACCAGCAUGGGCAACAACUCUGAAAGUUAGCUGCUCAUCGUAGGAAACACAAUGAUACACUAGAUUCUGUGGACCUAACAUAGAACUACAAUUCAAUGAUAUAAC